GUAAGUGUGUAUUGGGCUGCAGGCAACAAAAAUUACAGUAGCAUCAAUCUGACGAUCAAAGUAUGGACAGACACAUGAACGGUCAGACCACCGUGGGAGAGCUGACGAACCCAGAAAAAGGCUCUCCAGGUGCUGCUGAGGACAUGGAGGCUGCAGAGAGCUUCAUCCAACAAGCCAUGGAAAUAAUCCUCCAAGAGGCUGUGAAGAAAGCAACCAAUGUCAAAGAGAAGGUGUGUGAGUGGCGAUCCCCUGAGCAGCUGAAGGAGCUGCUGGACCUGGAGCUCAAAGACACUGGAGAGUCUGAGUCCAAGAUCCUGCAGUGCUGCAGAGACACCAUCAGAUACAGCGUCAAGACUGGUCAUCCUCGUUUCUUCAACCAGCUGUUUGCAGGGAUGGAGCCUCAUUCUAUGGUGGCUAGCUUCAUCACUGAGGCAAUAAAAACCAGCCUGUACACAUAUGAGAUGGCCCCGGUCUUCACUCUGAUUGAGGAUGCUUUACUGAAGACCAUGAUGAAGCUGAUCGGAUGGGAGGAGGGAGGCGACGGACUCUUUAAUCCCGGAGGCUCUAUGUCCAACAUGUAUGCUGUGAAUUUAGCUCGGUAUCGUUACUGUCCAGAUUUCAAAGAGAUCGGGAUCUACGCUUCUCCAAGGCUGGUCAUGUUGACGUCUCAGGAGGGUCAUUACUCCAUCGCUAAGGCAGCAGCUUUGCUGGGAUUUGGCACUAAGAACGUUUAUGUGGUGCCCUCUGAUAACAGGGGAAAAAUGAUUCCAUCUGCUCUGGAAGAAAAAAUACAGCUGGCAAAAAGUGAGGGUGCAGUUCCUUUCUUUGUAAAUGCCACCGCUGGAACAACAGUGCUUGGCGCGUUUGAUCCUAUCGAUGAGAUCGCCGACAUCUGCGAGAAGCACAACCUGUGGCUCCAUGUGGAUGCAUGCUGGGGUGGAGGCGCCCUCGUGUCAAAGAAGCACAGGCACUUGUUAAAAGGCAUCCAGAGAGUCAAUUCUGUUGCCUGGAACCUUCACAAAAUGUUGAUGGCUACCCUGCAGUGCUCCGCCUUCCUGGUCCGAGACAAGAGUUGUCUCCUACAGCACUGCCACUGUGCUGGGGCUUCAUACCUCUUCCAGCAGGACAAGUUCUACGAUGUGAGCUAUGACACCGGGGACAAGUCGGUCCAGUGCAGCAGGAAGCCGGACGCCUUCAAGUUCUGGCUUGUGUGGAAAGCUGUAGGCACCAGAGAGCUGGAGUACAGGGUGGACAGGGCCCUGGCUUUGGCCCGGUAUCUCGCACAAGAGAUCAAAAAAAGAGAAGGAUUCAGAUUGGUAAUAGAGCCUGAGUUUGCAAAUGUUUGCUUCUGGUACAUUCCACCGAGUCUGAGGAACCUUCCAGAAAGCCCCGAGCUGUGGAAGAAGCUACAUGCUGUGGCGCCAGCAAUUAAGGAGCGUAUGAUGAAGUCUGGCAGUAUGAUGAUUGGAUAUCAGAAGCAUGGCGACAAGCCCAACUUCUUCCGAAUGGUGGUGAUCAGCCCUCAGGUGAGCAGGCAGGAUUUGGACUUUGUCCUGGAUGAGAUACACAGCCUGGGAAAGGACUUGUGAUCCAGGAUUUCCAUCAAGAGCUUUUAUUCAUCCAUUGUGGAUGGACUUGAAAGGUUCGUCGUUUCUGGAACCUAAAGGAAUCAACAGAAGUGGUAGUCGUAACGAGUCUGUGUCAACACCUGGAUCCUGCUCAGACAUCUGGUGAUCUGUACAUGUACAAUUCUUCUACUUUUUAUCCAUACAAAAGCUAUAGAUGAGCUAUAAUUUCCAAAACGUGUCAAUCCUCAAAAAUGUAUUAAAUAUCUUUGUCUAGUCUAUAAAUUUUAUGUAUUUUGACAUGUUUGAACAUCUUGUAUGUACACUGAACAGCACGGUUUCCUUUUUAUAUUCAUAGUGUUGUGCCUUCAUUUCCAUUAUUUUUGUGCCAUUUUCAUGAGUUUACUUGUAGUAUUAGUAUUUGUUAUUGAUUUACUUUUUUCCAUGAAAGGUUUUGCAAAACAGCACUAACUCAUGAAGUUUUAAGUUUCAUCCUCACAUCAAACAGUAGCUGUGUUUCCAUUUACCAUAAAACUGUGCAAAUUGAAAUUUCAAAAUAAAUUUUCUUAAUGUAAA